UAUGUCUUUCUUUCUCUAUCUAGUAUCUUCAAAUGUCGUCUUCUUCAUUCUUCUCUUACGUUGUCCAAUCUCCCAAUUCAAACCUUACUCCCACCAACAUCAACAACUGCAAAAACAUCGAUAUUUCCUAAGAUUAUAAUGCUACUCAUCUUCCUUAAUGGGUAACAACCAGACCUCCCACUUAUCUCUAAUGGCGAAUUCUAAGCUCACCCUUUCACUCCUCUUUCUCUUCUUCCUCAUCACCCCUUUCAAAGCUUCCCCUUUCAAUCGAGGUUUCAUUUUUGCAGAAAUUAAGGAGCAACAGAAGCUGGGUAGGGAAGAACCCUACGUGGGAGUGAACAUUGGUACAGAUGUUUCCAAUAACCUCUCUCCUACUGACUUAGUAUCGUUCUUACAGUUGCAGAAGAUAACCCAUGUCCGUUUAUACGACGCCGAUGGUGAUAUUCUCAAAGCUUUAGCAAAAACCAAGAUCCGGGUUAUAAUCAGUGUCCCAAAUAACCAGUUAAUCGGAAUUGGCACAUCAAAUUCCACCGCUGCUACUUGGAUCGGUAGAAAUGUAGUCGCUUACUAUCCAGAUACCCUAAUAAUCGCAGUCGCCGUCGGCGAUGAAGUUCUAACCAGUGUACCUUCAUCCGCACCUUUACUAAUCCCAGCAAUUGAAUCGCUUUACGCCGCACUCGUCGCCGCGAAUCUUCACACGGAAAUCAAGAUCUCAACACCCAAUUCCGCGUCUAUCAUUCUAGACCCAUUUCCUCCAUCUCAAGCCUUCUUUAAUCAAACCCUUUCCCAAUACAUAUCUCCCUUGCUUCAAUUCCUAUCGCGAACGCAAUCUCCCCUGAUGAUGAAUCUCUAUCCCUAUUACGUCUUUAUGCAGAACAAAGGCGUUGUACCGUUGGAUAAUUCUUUGUUUAAACCAUUAACGCCUUCAAAAGAAAUGGUCGAUCCCAACACUCUUCUUCACUACACCAAUGUCCUCGACGCAAUGCUUGACUCGGUUUACUUCUCAAUGAAGAACCUAAACAUAACUGAUAUCCCUGUUCUAGUAACGGAAUCAGGUUGGCCUUCCAAAGGGGAUUCAAAAGAGCCAUAUGCCACAAUUGACAAUGCAGACACAUACAAUUCAAACUUGAUCAAACAUGUCUUUGAUCGAACAGGGACGCCUCUUCAUCCAGAGAUAACUUCGAGUGUUUACAUAUACGAGUUACUCAACGAGGAUUUGAGGUCACCACCCAUUUCAGAAGCGAACUGGGGACUUUUCAAUAGUAACAAAUCGCCAGUUUACUUGCUUCAUGUUUCUGGGAGUGGUAGUUUCUUGGCGAAUGAUACAACGAAUCAAACUUUUUGUGUGGCAAUGGAUGAUGUUGAUCAGAAAACAUUACAGACUGCUUUGGAUUGGGCUUGUGGACCGGGGAGAGCGAAUUGUACAGAGAUUCAAGCUGGGGAGAGUUGUUAUCAGCCGAAUAAUGUGAAGAAUCAUGCUUCUUAUGCGUUUGAUAGUUAUUAUCAGAAGGAAGGAAAGAGUUCUGGAUCUUGUGAUUUCAAAGGAGCUGCCAUGAUCACCACUACUGAUCCAAGUCAUGGGAGUUGUAUAUUUCUUGGAAGCAAGCAAGUAAGCAAUAAGACAAAGCAGGUAGUGAACUCAACUGUAGCCAGUGUUAGCUCGCACCACCCGAGUGGAAUGGAUAGUGGUUUAUUCGUUUUCUUGGCCUCUAUAUUGUUGUUACAUUCAUUCUCAUGAAUGCGAGUCACCCCCUCAGUUUAGUUUUGUGGGUUCUUUCUUGAUUUGGAGAAAGAUCGGUCCUUUUGAGCCUUAACCCGAUAAGGAUAAGGGAAAUGAGGAGGCGAAUUGAAUCACCAUUGCUUGUCAUUGUCUAAAAGGGGUCUUGAAGAUUCAAAAAUGUCAAUCUUUAGGUCAGAAUGCAUUAGUUUAUAUAUUUAUAUAUAUAUAUUUUUGUUCUUCAUUGUUCUGGUUUUUUGAAAAAGUGUGGCUGGCUUG